UUUUGACUCAUUCUCUAUAAUGGUUAGUAUUUUCCCUGGGGAAGCAAAACCAACAACACAUUCACAUCUCUCUGUGCUUCAGAGCCAUUGUCAAGACAAGUAGCUAUCAGACUGCCCUAUCCAACUGUAUAGCGGAACGCCAGUAUGAGGUUCAUACAAGAACACUCUCUUCAACCCCUGUUCCUUACCACAUUCCUCCUACAUCUUCUCAUCAAAGACUCCACCGCAGUCCAAUGCACAUCAAACCAAAUCUCCUCCCUAAACGUCGCAGGCUGUGACUGCCAGCAACACGGCGUCCCCCUAAAAUGCCCCCUCUACGCACCACAAUGCGAUUCCCUCGUGGCCCCAUCCACCGUCGUCCGCAUAAACCCCAACAACGGCGGCCUAAACCUCUGGGGCGACGGCUGUAUCGACAGCAAUUUCGCCUGCAACGGCUGCUAUCUCUGGUUCGGCAGUCUCUGUCGCUGCCUCAAACCAGCGGGGACAUGCACCCUCACCACGCCAGCAGUCGCGGGCAACCCAAUCUGGGCACUCCUUGAAGACCACAAGCUGAUCACAACAACCCAGAAGCUACCGGGGAUACUGGAGCUGCAUCUAGCGCCUGAACCGAACAGAGGCUGGCAGCUGGGACAGGAUACGCUGAGAAAUCCCCCGCAGGGGGCUACAUAUAACAGAGCCACAGGGGCACUGGCUAUGAACUCCGUGGCUACAAGGACGGAAGAGCAGAUCCACAUCCACGUGUGCGAGAACCAGAGUAGUUUUGUGAGGAGGGAACUGUCUAUGCUGACGCGCUCGUCGUAUACGACGUUGACGAACGUCCCUAUUGCUGGGAUCCCGGCGAAUUCGCUCAAGUGCCAGGUGGCGCCGUUCUCGGGGAUGAAUGUGAAUGUGGCGACGGCGAUAUUUGACGAGUUGAAUGGUAUCCCUAAUUAUGCGGCGAGUUGUGAUAAGUUUCUUGUGGGGGCUGGGGUUAUAACUGAUAUACGUGAUUAUACUUGGGUUUGUGUCACUACGAGUACGAGAGCUGCAGAGGAGCUUUUUUGUCAUUUUCCUUGAUAACAUGGGAGGCUUAAAGAGAGAGACUAGAAUGAAUAUAUGGAUAGUAAAUAAAACGAUGAGUUAACAAAGGAACAAGGAAAUAGGCUAAUAGAUAACUACUUCCUCUCCUCAUCUUCUAGCAAGCUAUACAACAACCCCCGAAACCUCACC